UUCAAAGCAGGCCUAAUUGGGUAAAUACAUUUUUUGGUUCGUUUUAAAGCCAUAUCUCUAUCAAUAUAUAUUUAUUACAUUGUAUUUCAACUGAAAGGUUUAUAUUUUCGGCAGUAGGUAUUAUGACUUCCAGGGACAGCUCUGUUGUUUUACGCAAAUGGCCCGGGCCUGUUGGCCCUCUCAUUGGCUGAAACCACAGUCAGAUUCCAGCGCACAUUAUCUGAUUGUAAAUCAGGGAGGGGAGAAGAGGGGUGAUGCGCGAUGCUUUACUGUGGUUUGCUUUUUGAAUUCUGGGAUUGGAUUUAACAACACGCUUCUUACGCUGCGACAAAAAAAAAUUUUGGAGAACAUUCCCUCGAUUAUAGUUCGGUUUAAUUUGAUAAAAAAAAAAGGUAGGCAAGAAACCCUUCACAGCUUGCACUUUUAGUUUGUUUAAGUUUCAUGCUGAUUUUGAACGAAUAGUUAACCGCUGAACAUUGAUAACAUGUUUGACAUAUUUAUCUGUAUAUUUAUUUAUGAGUGUUAUGCUAUUGAAAAUCCUAAUGUUAUUUAAACUUUAAUAACGCUUUUUGGUUUACUUCAUGAUACGAAUAAUGGCAAUGCCAAUCGAUCACAUUUAACGACUAUAACGUGUGUAGUAGUGCUGUUACAUAGGCUACUCAUAGGAUAACAUUCUGAGGUGUUUGGUGUUUAUGGUAGUUCUCAAUCCCACUUCCAGACUCAAGAUGCCACGGUCGUUUUUGGUGAAAAAGAAAAAGUCCGCCUCUUAUAAUAUGCACCGAUCAUACGACGACCCGCGGAUGGCCCUGCACACCGACGAGCUGUCGGAAACCGUCCAGUCCAGUCCGGACUCUUCGUCGAGACCUUCCCCGGUGUUCCAUCAGAGUCAAGAAGACCCGCAGGACCCCGAAGAGCGGGCCUGCGCACUCGGCCCCCCGGAGCCUAUCCGGCACUCCGUCGCUCAGACAGCCCCGUUCUACCUGACCGAACCCCACAUUCCCGAGUACCCUCCGUACUACAAGACGUCGAUAGCGUGGGACGCGCUGCCUUGCUCCUACGACCUGCGGCAGCUGAGCUUCAGCCCCAGGGUCCUGCAGCACGCGGGCAGUGUGUACGGCGACCGCCUCAGCCGCAGCCCCACCCCCCAGCAGCCGCUGGACUACAGCCCCCAGUACUCCCCAGCCUCCAUGAACUACCACUGCAUCACCUGCGAGAAGGUGUUCUCGACGCCCCACGGGCUGGAGGUCCACGUGCGGCGCUCCCACAGCGGCACCCGGCCCUUCGGCUGCGACGUCUGCCGCAAGACCUUCGGCCACGCCGUCAGCCUGGAGCAGCACAUGAACGUCCACUCUCAGGAGAAGAGCUUUGAGUGCAAAAUGUGCGGCAAGACGUUCAAGCGGUCGUCCACGCUGUCCACCCACCUGCUCAUCCACUCCGACACGCGGCCCUACCCCUGCCAGUACUGCGGCAAGAGGUUCCACCAGAAGUCGGACAUGAAGAAGCACACGUACAUCCACACCGGGGAGAAGCCCCAUAAGUGCCAGGUUUGUGGCAAGGCCUUCAGCCAGAGCUCCAACCUCAUCACCCACAGCCGGAAACACACCGGCUUCAAACCCUUUGGCUGUGAGAUCUGCAGCAAGGGCUUCCAGCGCAAGGUGGACCUCCGUCGCCACCAAGAGAGCCAGCACAGUCUGAAGUAAGGACCUGGAGGACUUCUGGAGAGAAGAUCUCACAGGGUCCAUGACGCUGGUCAAAGGGUUUCAAAAGACAAGGACCUUGAAUGAAAAAGAUGUGGUUCCCAACCUGUGGGUCGGGUUCCCACUUACGGUCGCCUGAUAUGCAUAUUGGGUCACAGAGAGAAGGCUGUCUUGAGGAUGUAUUUUUGUUUAAAUAUAAUAAUUGGAAAAACUUAGCAGAUAUUUUCUUUUCAAGAAAGCUAGGAAGAUCAUGCAAUUUAUCUUAUUCGUGUAAUUCUUGAACCCCGAAUCUCCAAAUGUAGCUAUAUAGUAGCUGAAGUCUAAUGGGAGCAAUUCAGGAAUUGUCCUUGAAAUGAAGAGUUUUGUUUACAUUUUUAAAGAUAUUUAAGAUUGUUUAUUUGAAUGUGACUCUCUUUAGCACUUUGAGCUAUUUUAUGUGAAGUGCAUUACAAAUACAAUGUAUAUUAUUAUUGAUAUUGUUUAUAUUAUUAUAAUUUAAAACAUUAUGGCAUUUUACCCAUGUGAAAUUACUGUUUAGUUGUAAAUAUAUAUGCGUGUUUCAG